GGAGGGCGCGGGGCUAGAGCCGGGGCCGGAUCGGGGGUCGCAGCCGGGAGGGCGGCCUGGAGGGAGAGGCAAGAGCCGCCGCCGGGAACCAGGGGCCGGGGCCACGGGUCCAUGCGGAGUCCCGGGGACCAUGGGCUCCAGGAUCAAGCAAAACCCGGAGACUACAUUUGAAGUGUAUGCUGAAGUGACCUAUCCAGGGACAAGUGGCAUUCUUUCAGAUCCUGAGGUGCUGAGGCAAUUCCCCGAGGACUACAGUGACCAGGAAGUUCUACAGACUUUGACCAAGUUUUGUUUCCCCUUCUAUGUGGACAGCCUUGCUGUUAGCCAAGUUGGCCAGAACUUCACUUUUGUACUCACUGACAUUGACAGCAAACAGAGAUUCGGAUUUUGUCGCUUAUCUUCCGGGGCUAAGAGCUGCUUCUGUAUCUUAAGUUACCUACCCUGGUUUGAAGUUUUUUAUAAACUACUCAACAUCUUGGCAGAUUACACAGCAAAAGGACAGGAGAGUCAGAGGAAUGAGCUGCUGGAAACACUCCAUAAACUUCCCAUCCCUGAUCCAGGCGAAUCUGUUCAUCUCAGUGUGCAUUCGUACUUUACUGUUCCUGACAUCAGGGACCUUCCUAGCAUACCGGAAAAUAGAAAUCUGACUGAAUACUUUGUCGCUGUGGAUGUGAACAACAUGCUCCAUCUUUAUGCCAGCAUGCUGUAUGAACGCCGGAUCCUCAUCAUCUGCAGCAAACUCAGCACUUUAACGGCCUGCAUCCAUGGGUCUGCAGCUAUGCUCUACCCAAUGUUCUGGCAACAUGUUUACAUUCCUGUUCUACCCCCACAUCUUUUGGACUACUGCUGCGCUCCCAUGCCCUACCUCAUAGGAAUACAUUUAAGUCUGAUGGAGAAAGUAAGGAACAUGGCCCUGGAAGAUGUCGUGAUUCUGAACGUAGACACAAACACCCUGGAAACCCCAUUCGAUGAUCUCCAGAGCCUCCCAAAUGAUGUGGUUUCAUCACUGAAGAACAGGUUGAAGAAAGUCUCCACAACUACUGGUGAUGGUGUGGCCAGAGCAUUCUUAAAGGCCCAGGCUGCCUUCUUUGGAAGCUACAGAAGUGCUUUGAAAAUUGAACCUGAGGAACCAAUAACUUUCUGUGAAGAAACCUUUGUGUCUCAUCGAUCCAGUGCCAUGAGGCAGUUCCUUCAAAAUGCUAUACAGCUUCAGCUCUUUAAACAGUUUAUUGAUGGGCGCCUGGAUCUUCUCAACUCUGGAGAAGGCUUCAGUGAUGUUUUUGAAGAGGAGAUAAAUAUGGGCGAAUAUGCUGGGAGUGAUAAACUUUAUCACCAGUGGCUUUCCACAGUAAGGAAAGGGAGUGGAGCAAUUCUGAAUACCGUGAAAACCAAGGCUAACCCUGCCAUGAAGACAGUCUAUAAGUUUGCAAAAGAUCAUGCAAAAAUGGGAAUAAAAGAGGUGAAAAACCGCUUGAAGCAAAAGGACAUUGCUGAGAAUGGCUGUACCCCAGCCCCGGAAGAGCUACCAAAAACCGCACCAUCCCCGUUGGUGGAGAAGAAGGAUCCCAAGCUUCGGGAAGACAGACGGCCAAUCACAGUGCACUUUGGGCAGGUGCGCCCGCCAAGACCUCAUGUGGUUAAGAGACCGAAGAGCAACAUCACCGUGGAAGGUCGAAGGACCUCUGUUUCCAGCCCCGAACACCUGGUAAAGCCCUUGCGACACUAUACAGUCUUCCUCUCUGAAGACUCCUCCGACGAUGAAUAUCAGCAGGAAGAGGAACCUGUGUCUGGCUUCUCUGAAAACUUUUUCUUCUCUGCUCCCUUUGAAUGGCCUCAGCCCUACCGGACCCUGAAAGAGUCUGACAGUGCAGACGGAGUCGAGGUGGGGAGUCCGGAGAAGGGAGCCAAGGAUCCUCCACCUUUCCACCGGGACCCACCAAGCAAGAUCACAGACAUCAACCUCCUGGAGGGCAUUUUCAGCAAUUUGGAGGUGGAGGUGUCACCUCAGCCACUCAGCCAAGCCAAAAGCCUAGAAGACCUGAGGGCUCCCAAAGAGCAGGGUGACCAGUCCGGCACAUUUGGCUACCAGAGAAUGGACCUUGGUGGCAGCGACAGAAGCCGAAUGAUACCAGCCCUGAAACUGUCCCACCCAUAUAACAAACUGUGGGCCAUGGGCCAGGAUGACAUGGCCAUUCCCUCUAAAUAUUCGCAGUGCUCCCCAGAGAGGCCCCUCGCAUCCCUGGGGAGCACCCCCUCCCUGACGAGGAGGCCUCGGAGUCGGGACAGCAUCCUGGCCCCAGUGGAGAAAGAAGAAAUGACCACGGUCACCCAAGGCAGCAUUACCAUCCCCAGACCACAAGGCCGAAAGACCCCAGAGUUGGGCAUCGUCCCCCCACCCCCUACUGCCAGGCCCACCAAGCACCAGGCAGCCGGAGCUGCCGAAGCGGGGAAGCCCAGUGUCCCGGGGCAGGCCAAUCACAUCACGGGACUCCUGCAGGAUCCGUUCCCAGCAGGCACCCCGACCCCUCACGCUGCACAAUUCCUCUCUGCCCCCAGCGGCCCCACUGAGCUGCUCCAGCCAAUGCGUCUGGUGACCCAAACCACAGGCAAUGAGAGCGACUUCCUGCUGACCCUGCUGGAUCCUCUCAAGUCCAGCUGGCAGUCAGCGGGCCCCCCACAAGUCCCCAGCAGCCUCCUCGGCUCUGCCGCGCCAAACCCCACUGGCUUUCCCUCCGGACCGAGCGACUUUGCCUCCGCCGCUACCCCGUUUGGGCCAAAGCUCAGAUUUCACCCCGCUGCUCCCACCCCUGCCGUCACCCCUCAGUUCUUGCAGCCAUGCCUCAAUCCGUUCACUCAGCCAGUGUCAACAGCCCUGCCCGUGCCAAGGGUCCAGCCCUUGGGGCCAUCCUUUGCCCCUCCUCCUGCCCCCCCGGUCCCCGCCUUCGCUUCCAGCUUUCUCGGCUCGAAUUCUGGCUUCUUCCCGGCGCAGAGACCACAGCCCAACCUCUCUGCCCUCUCCAUGCCCAAUCUGUUCAGUCAGAUGCCUUCCACACCCCAAGCCAGCUUGUUGAAACAGCCAAGCCUGGGGCCCACCCAGGCUGGCUCACACCAGCAAGUCCCUCUGGGUGGCCCCUCCAAGAUCAGGACAUUGCCCCUGAUCCGCUCUGGCUCCCAGCUGGUGGAGGCCAAACAGGAGCUGGGGCCUGGGCCUAGAGAUCCACCCCUCCUGCCCCCCCGGCCUCCCAUGGUCCUGGAGCCGGCCUUACAGCCCCUCUCUAAGGCUAAGGAAGCCACAGAUCCAUUUGAAGAUUUGUUAAGAAAGACAAAACAGGAGAUCGCCCCCACUCCGGGUAAAGUAGAACAGCUGAGAAAGCAAUGGGAAACCUUCGAAUAAGGCAAACCAAAAGGCGGGUCAUGAGGGAAGGGGUGUUUUUUUGUUUGUUUUGAUCCAACAAACCCAGUUUCAUGAAUGAGGGGUGAACUGACCAUCGAACCACCCUCCCCUCCCUGGGGCAUUUCCCUUACCUUUUUCUCUGGCUGGAAAUGAGGGUUAGUUAGUUGGUCAAACCCCAGCAUUCGCCUGUUCCUACUGAGGGGAGGUCACUGGAGAAAGUGGCCGCUUCUGGCUGGCCAUCCAUCAGUGAGUAGUAUUCCCAGGCGUUUGUGCACUACCCAAGCCUUUAAGUUCCCAACAGAUCAUUUCUACCUACUGUCCCCCUCCCCGAGUGCUCAUGAGACAGGCACCGACCCUUGUUUCCUUGGGGCCUGUUCAGUCUUCCCCAGUUCUCGGCCAUGCUUGGGCAUGCGUUUACCUCCUGUGUGCAGUUGAAGAUUGCAGUAUUAAAGCCACCAAGCUGCUCUUCUUCCGACGGUGAGAAGAGGAAGCUCGGGUCUGGUCUCUGGAAGAAACGUGGACAUUGACCCUCUGAGCUUCAAGCCUUUCCACCUGGAAGUUUUCAAAGGUCAAACUUGCCCCAUGGAUAGAUGCAAAGUUGGACUGAGCGAUCAUUGUUGAAACACAUGAGCUUUCACUGUAAUUUUUUUUUUUUUUUCGGUUUUUUACAUGGAGGGGACUUCGGGACUGAAGAAUCCUUGAUUCCCAGUUCUCAGAAAAAAAAAACCCAGCACAGGCCCAGUCCUGGAUCUCCUGUGAGGAACUGGAAACACCAGCAACUUCAAUCUCGAGAAGACAUCGCCUAAAUGAGUCUUUAAUGGAGUCCUUAAAACUAUAUACGAACUCUUAUGUAGUUCUGUAUUCAUACGAUAUAUAAAUGUUAGAGAUGCAGUAUUUGAAUGGGAUGUGGUAGCAUCCCAUUUUCAUUGCCCAAAUCAGAGCAGAAUCUUUUCCACCUCAUGAUUUCUGGGAGCUAUCCAGCGAGCAGGGGCCUCCCCGAGACUGGCAACAGAAGAGACCCAGAUUCUGAGCCAGAGGCCAAGUAGAAUCUGGUCCUGAGAAAAUGUGCAACAACUUAUAAUGGAGUGGUUUCCUGGUCAGGUUGCUAAGGGAUGGGGAUGACUGCCUGUAAUUUCCAUGUUUUGGAAACAUCAAGUGGCAUUCAGACCUCUCCCGGGGCAGGGGCAGAACAAUCUGCCACUCUGGAGGUCAUAUUCUUGCUGCCUUCUAUUUUGGUGGUAGGGGGUUGGGGGGACGGGGGAGGGAGAGUUGGGGCAGGAACAAAACUACCGAGGCUGGGGUGAAGGGAAGAACCUUGGAGAAGCAGAGAAAUCUCUAACGGGUUUCCUGUGUCUGUGCAGCAUUGCUCGCUCAGUACAGAUACCCAUUGGGUCCUGGAUAGCCAAAGUUCACUUUUUUUUUUAUGAGGCAGAUUUUGUUGGCAGUGGUCAUUUUGUUUUUGUAACUUUGAUUUGUGUUGUUGGGUUGGGGCGAGCGGCAGGGGGAGGUUGUUGUAUCAUUUAUUUGGGGGUUUUUGUACUUAAAUACAGUGUGUCACGAAGCAGGUAAUUUGUGUGAAUUAGUCACUACUGAAUCUUACCUAAAUUAUCAAGGUUUUAAAAAAAAACUGUUUCAGGACGUGCUGAGCAUUCUUCAGAUUUCAACAUGAUCUUUCAUUUCCCGAUUCUGAAUGGUACAGCUCACUCAUGCAAUUUACUCAAAGCCUAUUUUAUUGUAGUGGAUAAAAAUGGCUGUUGUCUUGUUUGGAGUUUGUGCAGUACCAGAGCUAUGGAGCCUAUGUAAUCACUGAGAUGUCAACAGUUUGGGGAGAUCCCAAUGAUGCAUUAGUAUUUUUGACUCCUGUAAAUUAUCAUUGCUUUUAUGAAUCAUUCAGUCACUUUUGUAUUUUGGAGCUGGAGGGCAGCUCCCACAGUUUUGAUAUAGCCUUGUCCUCAACAGUCAGAUAUUUCAAGUCUAAAGAGGAGAUGCAUUUGUAAAGAAUGUGAAUGCCUGAGUUUUAUACUCAGCCUAGAUUCUGAACUUCUUCCAUUUCUGAAUGCUGAAUUAGAAGCCCAUGUUUUUUAGCCAAUCAUGGUGGCACCCUUGUGAUUCUUGGCAACGGUCCAUUGUACAUUCACAUAACCUCUCCCCUUUCGGCACUACCCACAUAGGGUCCCGAUGAACUCUGGGCCCCUGGGGAACCCCGCUAGGGAACCCCGCUCCCAGAAAAGGCAAUUUCCAGUCUGUCUCGACAUUGGUUCCAUCCAUGCAUUUCCAUAGCGGUCUCUCUAUCCCAAGCCAGGGCCACGGCUCCUCACUAGGCCAGAAGUGCCCAGGGGUCACAUGGAAAAGGAAAGCCACUGAAGGCGCGGUUCGGCUGGAGAUAUUGAAUGUAUUAAAAUACCUUUCUGGUCUCAUUAAUCACAUUUCAUUUUAUUUUGAAGGAAAAACAUGUGGGUGGACACAGCUAAGAUAAUCAGGGGACUCUUUGGAGCCCUCCGAGUAAGUCUGUACUCUUCUUCACUUACUGGAUUGAAUUUGCAAACCUGAGAAGUAAUUUUGUGUGUUAGCUUAAUAAAAUCCUCUCGGGCCAAA